AUGUUGAUCCCAGCAAUAGCAAUCUCCUUCCCAGUCGCCACAUCAUCAGCUCUGAUCGACAACAACCAGCAACAAGUCUUCAACGACAGACAAACAACCUUGCUAACCAUAACAACGACCAAACACAUCACCUCACAAAUCACAAUCUACAACGAGCCAACCUCAACCACGCACGCAUCGGCACCCAUAGUGCAGACCUGGUAUGGCGGACAAAAGGAAUCCGGAUGCGACAAGACGGCUUGUGCAAGCUGUCGACACCGGUACAAGUGUGAAGCCACAGAUGUAGCAUGCAUGACCUGCGACUCCGCCCCUUACUGUGCCGCCUGCCUCGAAACAACCUGGUCUGGUGCAUCAAACCUUCCAUCCGCGACUCCCGCUCCAGAUUUGUCGUCGACUUUCGACGACACCGCUGAGAUCGACGAGCACGAUGCUUGCAGAGCGAAGAUAGCCUUGUCGGCAUUGGCGUUCUUCCCUGAUCGAGAAUCUCUGGACUCAGCUGUAGGCGGCGAUGCGGCUUCCCGACUCUGUGCUAUGGGCGAGGGGAAAGCCCCGAUGUUGUGCUAUUCGAAAGGCGAUGUGAGGGCGUGGCAGGCUUGA